AUGGCGACUGACGGGAAACGUAGUUUGCCUAGUGUCUUCGACUGGCGAUUAGGAACAUACUUCCUCCCUGUUCCCAUUAUUCUGCUAUACGUCCUCGCUAUGGUCGGUGGCAUAUCGGAGUCGCCGGGAGUGGUUGACAUCUUCCUCUUCAAAUUGCAAAGCGGAAACGGGGCGGCAGCCGUCAACGCAGCCGCGUCAGAACUCCGCGUUGGCUACUUUGGUAUGUGCGCAGGGACCAAGAAGGACCUCGUGUGUCUCCCUACGAGCGGCGUGUCCUCCGCCGAGAAACUGGCCGUUCGCUUCAACGAGGAUUCAGCCAGAUCCUCCACCGGGCUCGGGGGCUUGGCGCCGCUACUGCCUGUAGCGCUCAGUCUACAGUCGAAGACUUUCUUGUGUGUCCUCGCUGUAUCAGGAGUGUUGUUCUGCGUCAGCCUAGUAUGUCUCGGCCUCCUGAAGCGCGACAUCAAGAAACAAGCAGGCGGAUCGGGUAAGAGCCACGAGCAGCGGUUGAGACGGGCAUCGCUAGCGCUGUUGUGGGUCUCUGUAGCUUUGGCAACCGUCUCUGCUGCUGCGGUCACUCAGGCGACUUCGGCCUUGAAGAUUCUUACGAAAGAUCUUCCAGCCGUGGCAGUGUCCUUAACAGCGGGUAUCACACUCCAAGCUUUACAGUGGGCCGUGAUAGUUCUAUCGACACUAUUCUCCCUUGGCAUUUCGAUUCUGGUCAAGGGCGGCGGCGGCAUGUCACUUUCCAAGCUGGGUCUACCAGGACCGGGCCCGGCUGCGCCGCCUAUGAGGCCGACCGGGCCCCCCAUGGGGCGGCCGCCAGGCGCUGUCCUUCCCUGA